AAAAUUCAAGUUGUCAAGAAAUGUUUUGGCAAAAUUGGCGCUAAUAAAGUACCUAGUUAGAAUAAAAAUAAUACAUCAUUUUACAGUAAAUAUUCUAAAAAUAUUCGGUUAAAAUUUUCUACAACAGAUAUUCACGUUUAAAACGAAUUGUAUAUGAAUAUUUAUUAUUUUAAAAACUAAUGUUUCAAUAUCAAAUUGACUAUGCCAAGAGUUGUAAAUCAAGAUGCAAAACGUGCAAACAAAAAAUUUUUAGAAAUGAAUUAAGGAUUGCCUAUGUAGUUAAGUCAAAAGGCUUUUUGCAGUCACUUUGGAAUCAUGAAAGAUGUUUUUUCAAAAAAGGCAAACGCUUUGCACACUUUACCGAAUUUGAGAACUUUAAUACCCUUGAGCAUAAAGAUCAGAUAAGAAUUAAAGCGCAGUUAGUUGAUCCUACUGAGCAAAAUAAUUGUGAAAAUGAUGAACCAAAAAAUGUUCUUGAUGACAGAGAAAGAGCUAUUCUAUCAGAUUAUUGUGUAGAAAAAAGUAAAACGUCCAAUGCUACCUGUAGGGUAUGUAGCUUAAGAAUAGUUAAGGAUGAUCUAAGGGUUUCUAAAGUAGAAUAUUCAGUGAGAUAUGGUGAAACAGCUCAAUUUUAUCACUUGUCAUGCUUUUCAAAUAUAAGAAGCGAGUUUCAGUUUUCUGUGGGAGGAGAAUAUAUGCCAGGAUUUGAAUUGCUGUCUUCAGAAGAUAAGGAGAAUGUCAAAAAUAAUAUAAGACCACAUGCACAAAAACCAACCAUGAAGCAUAAAAUAGUGCCCGAGCGGAACACUGUGCGGCGCAACAACGACGAAGAGAUAAGACUGCAAAAUGAUACCUUCCACAAACAUAAGCGAGCUUUACGAGCUCUGUCUAAAGGCGAAUUGGAAAUAUUAUGUAAAAGGAACGAAAUGAAAUUGCUGAAAGGAACUGAAGAACCAUUAGACUUGUUAGCGGAUUGUAUGACGUUCGGCGUAUUGCAAAAGUGUCCGGAAUGCCAGGGACAGUUACAGCUCAAAUCUUUGAAUUACGAAUGUACAGGACAUCGCGACGAAUGGAGCUCUUGUAACUAUCAAACUAAAAAGCCUCGAAGGAAAUUGAUGGAAAUCCCGCCGGAAUUGCAGAAAUACCAAGCUUUUAAGGAUUACGUGCCAACCUUAGGAGAAAGAAUAUUCAAUGAUGAGCGACUUAUAGAAAUCCAUCCACCGCGGCCUAAGAAGCCCCGCGCGGCGAACGUGCACGCGCCGCUGAAGAACGUGCAGUUCUUCAUAUACGGGCUGAAGGCGGAGCGGAAGGAGGCGGUGAAGCGGCGCGUGCUGCGGCUGGGCGGGCGCGCCGUGCCGCAGCUCGUGCCCACCGUGGCCGCCGUGCUGUCCGCGCCCGACGCGCUCGCCAAGCCCUCCACCGUCCUCGAGAAGAUCGAGAUCGGCGGCAUUCAUGUAAUCGAUGAGAAGUAUCUGGAUGAAAUUGAAUCUACUCCUGGUAUAGAACUAAUUGGUGCACUUUCUCUCAUUGAGAAACACAAUUUCGCUGACUGGGCUUUUGAUGUUCUAUCUCGGGUACCUCAAGACGUAGUUGAAGGCAGACCAGUAAAGGUGUCGGGGAAUUUGAGUUCGCCUAAAUCGACGAAACCUGAAAUUUCCACCAACAAAGUUAAAGGUGACACAGCUAAUGGCAAAAGAAAAUCCUUUAAGGAUGCUUUUGACAAGUACCUCGAUGAAAGCACUAAAAAUGAUACUGGUCAAGCGGCUAAAACUGUCGAAGCCCUACCCUGGGGACAGGAUGCGUCCUUCUUACAGCCUUAUCUAGCAUUCGUUUCGCCCGAUUCAAACGUCCAGAGUUUCAAUGAGAGCGAGGAUUCCAUAUACGAAGAGCCUGGAUUGCAGUCUCAAUAUCCUCAAGCCUCGGCUCAGCUCACUUGCGAGCUGGAAGUGCCCGGCACGUUGACUCAAUAUCCCCAAACGACAACUCAGCACACGCACUUAAGACUUAAUGAGCCCAUUAUCUCAUCCCCACAUACCGACCAAAAUAAUCGUAAAAGAACAUUCGAUCUGAAUGAAUCGCAAGUGGACCGAUUUAUCAGCUUAUUAAAUAAUAGAAAAGAUGAUAUGGAACACGAUGAGACUGAUCUUAUAUUUUUGGGAUACGCUAGAACAUUAAAACAAAUGUCGAAACGGCGACAGGCCACUGUCAAGUUUCGCAUAGCAAAGAUAAUAAUGGAAGCGGAACUCGAGGACGCCGAGGAAUCCAAUGCUCCUGUAAUGAUGCCGACACAGAAUAAUAGAAAUAAUACGUCCGAAAAUUAUAUUGUCAAUUCAGCGCCGCAAUAUAACCACGGAACAACAGUCCAGAAUCAUUUGUCUUUGGAAGACACUAGUUUGCCUCGAUACACGUUUGCUAACACGCUCAAUGAUAACGCUGCAGACUUUUCGAAUAAUGAAAGCGUAUCCUCUGUCAAUUUCGUUGUGGAAUGUCUCGAGAGUUUGAAUUCUGAAUCUAAUUACUUUGAAUGACAAUUAGUUGAUUAAGAAUAUUAGGUAAAACCUGAACUGUGCGCUCGAGCUACUUUCAAAAUGUGUACCCUUUCGUGCUACAUUUUUCCUGUGCUGUUCUUCCUAGUAGUUAUGAAAAGUUUGUGAUUUUAUCACAAUGCAAAUAGUGUGAUCUAAAUCAAUGAAAUAAUUUCUUUAAGAAAUCAAUCUUCCUAUGCAUUACAUGCGUAUACCUGUCUGUAUUCAAUCGAUGUAAGUUAAUAAUAUUAAACGGGUAGUCAUAAGGGUAGACAUCCAUAAAUUCCUGUAAAUAAAAAAAAGAGUUCAUGAAAUUAUUAAAAAUAAUUGGAUCCCAUUAAUAAUAAUAAUAGAUUCAAGCUCAUAAGGUACAUGUCACUGAAAUUAUGGAUAAUAUGCAGUGUUAGAUUAGAAUCCGUUCACGUUUAUGAUCAAUAAACUAGCCAUAUGUAUAAUUAUUAAAUCUAAAAACAUUCACAAACAACAUUAUGUGUUAAGUAAGAUAGAAUAUAAGGAUAUAUACCUAUGGUAAAAACAAAUGAAUAUAAAAGACUACUUAAAGUAUAUGUAUGUGAU